UCCUAACUUAACCCUGUAAAGCAAUUUAAAUUUGACCUUAACUUCAUCUCCAUCUUUCUUCUCUUCUUUCUUUCAUUAUAUUCCUUAAACACUUACUAUUUCUUUUUGUUGUUGUUCUCAUCUUUCACAUUAUAUUGUUGGCCUCUCUCUCUCUCUCUCUCUUUUUGGUCUUUGUUGUGUCUCCGCCUUCUGAUACAAGCUUAGUUGCUUGCAACAAUUAAGCAAAAAGGGAGGGAAUUGAAAUAAAGAUGGCGGCUGGAUAUGAAGAAGUUGGUGUUGCAGAACUGUGUCUUCUUCACACUGACCCUUUCAUCUUGGAGCUCACCAGUCUGCAGAAUCAACUCAAAGAAAAGGAAAGAGAGCUGGGAGUGGCACAAAGUGAAAACAAGGGAUUGAGAGCAACAGAACAGCUCAAGGACAAGGCUCUUGAAGAGCUUGGUAAUGAAGUUAAGAGACUGGAAGAGAAGUUGAAAAUCAGUGAAAACCUUGUUGAACAAAAGAAUCUCGAAACCAAGAAGCUAAUCAAUGAGAAGAAAGAAGCCCUAACAGCACAAUAUGCUGCAGAAGCAGCACUAAGAAGAGUAUAUGCUGAGCAGAAGGAAGAUGACUCCAUUCCCAUUGAAUCUGUCAUUGCUCCCCUUGAAGCCGAGAUCAAGAUGUACAAGAACGAGAUUGCAGCAUUGCAGGAGGAUAAAAGGGCAAUGGAACGGCAUAACAAGUCGAAAGAAGCAGCCUUGCUGGAAGCUGAGAGGAUACUGAAGAGUGCCCUGGAGAGAGUUCUCAUAGUAGAGGAAGUUCAAAAUCAAAAUUUCGAGCUUAGGAGACAGAUCGAAAUCUGUCAGGAGGAGAACAAAAUCCUUGACAAGACAAAUCGUCAAAAGGUAUUGGAGGUUGAAAGGCUGAGCCAAACGAUUCUGGAACUCGAGGAAGCCAUUCUUGCCGGGGGUGCAGCUGCCAACACUAUUCGUGACUAUAGACGACAGAUAUCUGAGAUACAAGAAGAGAGGAGGACACUGGAAAGAGAACUGGCAAGAGUAAAGGUGUCUGCAAAUCGAGUGGCAACUAUCGUGGCAAACGAGUGGAAAGAUGAGAAUGACAAAGUUAUGCCAGUAAAACAGUGGCUAGAAGAGAGAAGGAUAUUGCAGGCGGAGAUGCAGCGGUUGAAGGACAAGCUUGCCAUAUCAGAGAGAACAGCAAAGGCAGAAGCACAGCUGAAAGACAAGCUGAAGUUAAGGUUGAAGACUCUUGAACAAGGGUUGAAACAGACAGGCAAUAACAACGUAAAUCCUAAAGUGUUGAGUGGAUUCUCAAAGCCCGAAAAAGCCAACCACUUAUUCGGAAUUCUGUCAAGCAAGAAGAGGUCUGCAUCACAGCCAAGAGCCUCCAUGGUUAACACAACUUCAGAGCAAGAAAGUAGUUCAGAGAAUUCUGGUGAAUAUAAUGAUCAGAAAAAGAGACAUCAUGGCCUGUGGUAUUCCAGAAACAAGAUUGAUGAAAAAGAAAAUGCAGGGAUGAAAGAGAACUCUGAUAAACUGACAGAUUCAGGGAAUUUCAGUAAAAACGACGAGGAUAUGGUAUCCGGAUUCCUUUAUGACAGGCUUCAGAAAGAGGUCAUAAACAUGAGGAAAUGCUUUGAUAUGAAAGAAAAUGAUUUGAACACCAAAGACGAAGAAAUCAAGAUGCUAACAAAAAAGAUUGAGACACUGACAAAGGCCAUAGAAGUGGAGUCUCGGAAAACAAAGAGAGAAGCAGCAAUAAGAGAAAAGGAUUCAUCAACAAUAAAGUAUAAGUAUGAUGGCAACAUAAGACAAACAAACUCCUCAUUAAAGAGUUCAAUCAAGGUGGCAAAAACAUAAGAUGUAAAGCAGGUGGCCUGCUCCAGUUUCGCGAGUUCCGAUCUUGGUUGUACAUAUGAAUGAAUGAUUCUUGUUUGGGUGCAGUGGAAAAAAUAAAAACUACCAAUUCAUUUGUAAAAGAGGAUCGAGUCAAGAAAGAACCUCCAUGAAUCUUGAAGGCCAUAAUGUCUCUUUUUUACACUGCUAUUUUUCUCCCUAGAUUUUACAUGAAUGGCAUUCAAUAAAAGCAUUUUGAUUUGAUUUGUUAAUAA